GGUCUUUCCAGUGUUUCUCUAGUCCAGUGCUCACGUGCGUCCGUACAGCUGAUCGUGACGUGUCUCUUUCUCUCAGUGGCAACAUGGCGGACUGGAACAGAGGUCAUGGCUCCGUCGACGACAUGCUGGAUGCUGAAAACAAACGAAUGACUGACAAUUUGGCCACCAAAGUCUCCAGACUGAAAUCUCUGGCCUAUGAAAUUGACCGAGAGGUGGACGAUCAGAACGAGUACUUAGACGGCAUGGACUCCAACUUCAUGAGUGCCACAGGCCUGUUGAGCGGCAGCGUGAAGCGUUUUUCCACCAUGGUCCGAUCUGGCAGAGACAACCGCCGUCUCCUCUGCUACGUCUCCCUGGGGCUGGUCGUCGUCUUCUUCCUGCUCUACUACCUGGUUUCAAGGAUCCAGCGCUGACCGUGACGUGGAGCACGGACUCCAGCUCUGUAUAUACGUUUAAAUAACCUCUGGUCCUCUGCGUUUUAUCCGGCACCGAAGUGGGAACAAGCUGGACAUUGAAGGGCAGUGGUUGUGCGAGCUGCUGCAGGACAGGUGCUGCUCACCUCUGGAACUUGUGUUGUCGAGGCUCCUGGACUAGUUUUUGUGGGGGGGGGGAGUAAAUGAAUCUACACACUCCUGCUUGUAGAUCUGCUGUCUUCAAUCAACUUUUUGAAGCCAGGAAGUCCAAAUUUGGGCAGAGAGUAGGCGGAGCCUGAGUGGCAUCCAAUGAUAAAUAAAAAAAGUUGUUUUUUUUAAAUAAAAAGAGCUGUGUCUCAGAUUCUGACCAAACAACAACCUGAAUGCCAGGAAGAUAGAUUUUUUUUAAACUUCAAAAUAAAAGCAUCAGUUUCUACCAAAUGAAAACUCCUGAUUAGUUCAUGUUUAAACACCACCACUUAUUUAUGUUGGUCUGUGUGUUAAUCUGAGAACACAACUGACCUGACUGGUUUUGGCUGAUCUUUGGUGGCAGCAGUUUUCUUUUGUCUUCAUUUAUUUAUUUAUUUUUUAUUUUUUUGGUAUAAAAAUGUUUACUUGUGAUUUUGUUUUUGUUUGUCGUUGUUUUCUGACAUUACAUAAACUCUGUCUUUAACUAGUUU